AUGGAAGCGCCAUCGUUUUUGAUGCAGGAUGAGGUAGAGGCGGUGGUGGUGAGUGGGGAGGCGUUGCUGCAGCUCGCAUCACGCCUCAACGGCACCGUUUUUAGGUCCCGCACGCACGACACGACGGCUGCCAUAACAGAGCACAACCUCAGCAACAGCAGGAACAAUGACGCUGACAUUCCUGCGCCGUUUGUGACGGUCGAGGAUGGCGUUGGCUUCAUUGAGUUGCUGCGGGACGUUAUCGAGCACUACGCUGCGGCUCUCAACGCCGACGCGGCGCUUCCUCCGCAGCAGCGCGGAGGAGGCGGGGGGGCCGCCCACCCCGGCGACGGAAGGGCGACGCAGCGGAGGUUGAUGGCGCUCCGACACGUUGUGUUCGAGCUG